AUGAUUUCAAGCAUCCCCAAAACAACCGGCAGACCGAUGAAAAUCCUCGUUUCACCUUCAGGCUUCAAAGAGAGUCUCGAAGCAGAUGUCGCAGCAGACUGUAUUGAAGAGGGUAUCCUCAGGGUCAUUCCCAAUGCCAUCGUUCGCAAAGCACCUCUCGUCGACGGAGGAGAAGGCUUCACUCGCGCUCUAGUCCAGGCCACACAAGGACAACUCAAGUUCCUUGAUGUAGUCGGGCCAGUCCAAACCGUAAUCAGAUCUUUCUAUGGCUUCCUCGGAAGCGGAUCAAAGACAGCAGUAAUAGAGAUGGCCGCCGCGGCUGGACUACGUCUUGUCCCACGCGACGCUCGGGAUCCGGGAUCAACAACCACUUAUGGCGUCGGACAGUUGAUUCUGGCUGCUUUGGAUGAUGGUGCAGAACAUAUCAUUGUCGGGUGUGGUGACUCUGGAACCAGCGAUGGAGGGGCUGGAAUGGUGCAGGCUCUUGGUGGUCGUCUUCUCGACAUUCAUGGAGUCGAGCUUCCCAAGUCUGGAGGUGGAAACGAUCUUUCCAAGCUACACGAUAUAGACCUGACCGGUCUUGAUCCACGACUUCGAAACGUCAAUAUAGAGGUUGCAUGCAACUGGCAUAAUGUGCUCUGCGGACCGAAGGGUGUUGCUCGAGUAUUCGGACCUCAAAAAGGUGCAACACCAGAGCAAGUAGAAACACUCGCAGCAGGUUUGGAUACAUAUGCGAGGAUAGUCGAGCAGAUCCUUGGUUAUGAUAUAUCGAAGGCACCAGGAAGUGGUGCUUCGGGUGGUUUAGGGGCUGGACUCAUGAUGGUGGGUGCGACCCUGCAUCCCAGAUUCGACGUAAUCAUGAAGUACUUUUGCAUUGACGACUUGAUGGAUGAUUGUGACCUCGUCAUCACUGCAGAGGGCGGAAUAGACUAUCAGACACCUCGGGGGAAGAUUCCCGCUGAAGUGGCUAGGAGAGCAAAACAGAGAAAACUUCCGGUCAUCGCGCUGGCAGGAACUGUUGGUGUUGAUGCUGAUGUGAACUAUCUGGCAGGCAUAGAUGCUUUUGCAAGUAUCAUGCAGUGCCCAACUUCACUCGAAAAUGCAAUCGACCAAGCCGAGCGAUUGCUUAAAGACGGUGCUGAAAGCGCGAUGAGGAUGGUAGUCGUCGGAAGGGGAUUGAAUGAGGAAAAGAGAAUGGCGGAUAUGGCAGCCCUGUCAGCGAAAUUGUUCGGAGAGAAGCUUGUGAAACCACUGCUUAGGGUGAACACGACUUGAUCGGGGGCGAGACGAAUAGUUUCCUUUGGCUCGUGAUUGACAGUUAUACUUCUGAU